CCCCUGACCCUACAAUCAGCUGUCAUUGGAAUCAUAAAUAAACAACAUAAAAACUGUUGAAAGCAAGAGGGGCAAGUAAAAAAUCAUUGGAAUAAUUUCAAUCCGGGACCCAACCUGAAUCAUGGGUCUCCUCACAAACCCUUCAAUCUCGCAGAAAGCAAAGUACUGCAAGGCGCUAAUUCGACACAACACGCUGCUCUGCUUCGGUCUGUAUCUGCUGGGUGUUGGCUACUUCUGUCUGCUGCCUGAUUCGAACUUUAACUCGGCUACGUAUUUCUCCGAGAAUGCCCUGCUACCGGGGCUGGUGUACUCGGAAUUGAAACCAGAAACAGUAUCCCUUGCGCGCACGUAUGCUGCCGAGUUGGAACGGGAACGAGAGAACCACCGGAAGGGAAUGCCCUACGCUUGGCUUUUGGCUAAGAUGCGAAAGAUUGGAUUGGAAACGCAUACGCAUAACUUCACCCUAAACUACCCACUGGGAGGGGGAAAAGUGUUCACCGGUAAGAACGUUUACGGAAUUUUACGAGCGCCCCGCAUCGGGUCGACGGAAUCGUUCGUCAUUUCGGUUCCUUACCGGCCACCGGAGUCCGUCUACACGGAUGUAUCGGCCGGUGUGUCGCUUAUGUUGGCAUUUGCUGAUUUCGCGCGUCGGCAAAAGUACUGGGCUAAGGAUAUCAUUUUCCUGAUAACUGAACAGGAGCAGCUAGGAAUGCAGGCUUGGUUGGAAGCCUAUCACGGAUCAGAAGACAACCGAGUUUUAAAUGGUGGAUCAUUGAACGGCAGGGCAGGUGCUAUUCAGGCGGCGAUUAACUUGGAAGUGCAAGGUUUCGAUGUGGACUUUAUCAACCUCAAGCUUGAAGGGCUCAACGGGCAGCUCCCGAAUCUGGAUUUGCACAACUUGGCGCAGAAACUAUCGCAAAAGAAUGGUGUUUCGGCUGCAUACCGUCUGCUGGGAACGAACAAACGGAAACCCACCGGGUACUGGGAAAAGCUGCAGAAUAUACUGGCAAUGGUUUUCAGCCAAUCUACCGGGGUUCCAACCGGUAAUCACGGACUUUUUCAUCGCUACGGGAUUGAAGCGUUGACGCUAGAGUGUGUCCAAACGAGUUCACUUUCCCGUGCGUCCGCUGGUGUCGGUCCACUUCUCAAGAUAGUCGAAGGUAUCAGCCGAAGUUUGAACAAUCUGUUGGAACGAUUCCAUCAGAGUUACUUCUUCUAUCUUUUGGUCACGCACGACCGGUUCGUUUCGAUCGGAGACUACAUGCCUAGUCUAGGGCUAAUGGCUGGAGCUUUACUGAUCAAAUCAUUCAUCCACUAUCUUUCGCUGUACUAUUCCGAUGAGGAUGAGGAGGAACAAACCGUGGACACCGAAUUGAGUCAAACGCCCAAGGUAAAUUUCGUUCAAAUUGGAUCACUAUUUCUGCUCGCUCAUUCGAUUGGAGCAGCCACCACCGUUCUACCGUUCCAUUCCGGACUCAAUACUUAUCUGCAUGAGGCCAAUCUUAGAACGCAGUUAAGUUUGUUCGCAAUCAUGGUUAGCAUAUCCGUGCUGACGUUGAUUCUGCCAGCUUUUGUUCCCUUGCUUGAGAGCUUCAACUCAGGAGUGCUCCAGAUUGUCGUGCUACUGGAACUGGGAACAGUUCUGUUAACGGUUGGAAUGCUAAACUUCUCUCUGGGACUCGUUCUGUCGGUUGUUGUAGUGCCGGUAGUGUUGAUUCUGCAACCUCGGAAGGAAGGUUUCUUCUAUCGGGGAUCAUCCCAAAUCUUCUGUCUGCUACUGCAUCCGCUGGUGGUCGUACUUUUGACGGUGUUUGGUAUGACUUGUGCGUUGUUCCCCGAACUGAGCAUUCAGGCCCUAAUGGGGAAAGCCGUUACAGCCACGAUGGAUGCCAUCACCUAUUCCGUGGUGGAUUCAAUGAUUUACGGUAACUGGUUGUUCAAUCUGGUUGCCCUCAUCUUUCUACCCUCGUGGAUUCUGCUGUGGUUUUUGAUGUUUGCUACCCCAACGCAGAGGUUGAAACCGACUCAGCCUUCUGCACGUGAUUCCAAAGUAUUGAAACAGGACUGAAAUUAAGUAGUAUGUUAUUUUAACGAUAUUCAGUAAUAAAUAAAUAUGAUUAAAUAAAACCAUAA